AUGCCGCUGUUCGGAUCAUCGUCGUCAUCAUCGAGGUCAAAGUCGCCUCUAUCAUUCCUGAACCGGAAUAAACAGCACCAGCCGGCUCAGAAAACAUCAUAUAGCUAUGAUAACAAAUCCAUGGGAAGCAGUCAUCUGGGGCCUCCGCCAGCAUACACACCUGUCUCAGCCAGCUCAACAACGGCUCCAAGCUUCCCAGCUCCAGCAAGUGAGAGUGACUCUCUGGCCGCGGGUCGAGACCAAGCAGACUCGUUUCUCACCCAGUUCGACACCGUCUUCUUGAUAGAUGACAGCGGAAGCAUGCAGGGACCCAGCUGGGAGGCAACCGAGAACGCGCUGGCCAAAAUCGCCCCCAUCUGCACCGCUCGCGACAAGGAUGGGGUCGAGAUAUACUUCCUCAACCACCGCUCAGGCACAGCGAAUGGAGCGUACUCCAACGUGCGGGACACAGGCCAUGUGCGCGAAGUGUUUACGGCCGUGACCCCUUACGGCGGGACUCCAACGGGGACGAGGCUAAAUCAUAUCCUGAAACCGUACCUGAAGGGGUUCGAAGAGGCAUCGAAGAGCAUGAGUGCCGACGAGCGGGACCGUGCGGUGCGGCCGCUUAACAUCAUCGUCAUCACAGAUGGGGUGCCAACGGACGAUGUCGAGAGUGUAAUCAUCCAGGCAGCGAAGAAGCUGGACAAGCUCAACGCUGUGCCGUGGCAGGUAGGGAUCCAGUUCUUCCAGGUUGGGAACGACCCCGAGGCUGCGGAGGAUCUCAAAGAGUUGGACGACGCCCUGGCUGGCCAGAACAACAUCCGUGAUAUGGUCGACACAGUGCCCUGGGAUGGCACACAGGUCGGCGGUGGGCUCAACGCAGAUGGAGUCUUGAAAGUGGUCCUCGGUGCCGUGCACAAGAAGUAUGACCGAAAGAACGCUUUGGUCUUGCCGCGGUAG